CGGACGGAGGGGGCCAUGGGCCGCGCGGCCCCGCGCGCCGCCUCCGCGCUGCUCCCGCUGGUGCUGCUGCUCCUGCUGCGCGCCGAGCGGCCGCGCGCCGCCGAGCUCACCUUCGAGCUGCCGGACAACGCCAAGCAGUGCUUCCACGAGGACGUGGAGCAGGGCGUGAAGUUCUCGCUGGAUUACCAGGUCAUCGCCGGAGGCCACUACGACGUGGACUGCCACGUGGAGGACCCCCUGGGGAACACCAUCUACAGGGAGACCAAGAAGCAGUACGACAGCUUCACGCACCAGGCCGAGGUCAAGGGCGUCUAUCAGUUUUGCUUCAGCAAUGAAUUCUCCACCUUUUCUCACAAGACCGUCUACUUCGACUUCCAAGUGGGCGACGAGCCCCCCAUCCUCCCGGACAUGGGGAACAAGGUCACAGCUCUCACCCAGAUGGAGUCCGCCUGCGUGACCAUCCACGAGGCCCUGAAGACCGUGAUUGACUCACAGACCCACUACCGGCUCCGCGAGGCCCAGGACCGGGCCCGAGCCGAGGACCUCAACAGCCGCGUGUCCUACUGGUCCGUGGGCGAGACCAUCGCCCUGUUCGUGGUCAGCCUCAGCCAGGUGCUGCUGCUGAAGAGCUUCUUCACCGAGCGGCGCCCCCUCACCAGGGCCGUCCACUCCUAGCGCCGCGGCCGGGCCCCUGGGGUGCAGCCUGGUGUGGGGGCAGGGGGUGGGGAGGGAACCCGCCUUCUGUGCAGGGCCCUGGACCUCGGCCUCAAGGCCUCACACCCCGCCGUGUGCCUGCGUGCCAUACCGGUGUUGGCAGUGAGCCCAGACCCUGCCGGUGGGAGGGGCCUCUCGUGCCCAGGCCUCCGGCCAGCUUAGGGCCCUUACUGCCCUGCGGGAGGCCUCUGGUGUGGGCGGCUUCUCCCGGUGGGCAGAGACAGGUGCGCUGGGUGCUCGCCCUGCCUCCCUGGGGCACCUCUGGCCCUGGAGCACCUCUGGCCCUGGAGCAGCUGUACGUGCCAAUAGUGGUGCGUGCACUCCUUGGGGAAGGACCCUGCUGGUGACUGGGGGCCCUCGGGCGGCUCCGCCCCUCCUGGGGUGGGAGUGUGGCUAAUAAAACGGAAGCAUGAGCGGCCUGGA